GGGGACGCCGCAGCUGAUGCUGCACAUCGCAGAAGAAAAGCUUCUCAGAUGAACAGGAUUUGAUGAACUGGUUUCCGGACGCGAUGGAGUCAAAUCAGCACUUACCGGAUCCAGCAGAGCAGCUCAACAACAUUCAGAUAAAAGCAGAGCCUGACUGUGAGGUGGAAAUCCAGUGGUAUCCGGUCCUCAAGAGGCUGUCUGUCAACCUGACUGACUGCAAGGUGCUGCUGGGAGAGCAGGACCGCAUAUCUCUUGUGGAUCAUCCCCAGCUCCUGCCCGUUAAAACAGAAGGCAGCCGCCGGAUACAGACCGCAGGCAGGAAGAUGAUGUACUGCUCUGAGUGUAAGAAAGGCUUCUAUAAAUUAUCCCACCUGCAGGCUCACCAGCGUACACAUAAAGGACAGAAGCCAAAUGAGUGCUGGAAAUGUGGGAAGACCUACCCGACUCUGCUCAGCCUGGUUGUGCACCAGCAAAUCCAUGACAGGCAGGAGCCCUACCAGUGUUCCUACUGCGACAAGACCUUUGCCCUGAAGAGGGACUGGAAGACCCACCACCGGACCCACUCCGGCACCAAACCCUUCAAGUGCUGGUUUUGUGGAGACGGCUUCAACAGUGAGAGGGAGCUCACCGAGCAUCUGGACACACACAAGGGGGAGAAGUGUUACCACUGCAAGGUGUGUGACAAGAUGUUUGUCUCCUACCAAGGCUUCAACUUCCACCAGAGGACACACCGCAGACAGAAGCUGCUUCCUUGCUCAAAGUGUGAGAAAUCUUUUGCCAAUCCUCAGAGUUUAAAGCUCCACCAGGUCACUCAUUCAAACAGGAAGCCUCAUAAAUGUCCUGUGUGUGGGAAAGCCUUCAAACUUCAGAGUGGCCUGCGCUGCCAUCAGAAAACCCAUGAGGAAGAGCGAGCCUACCACUGCAGCGAAUGUGGCAAGUUUUUUGCCAGUCUGCAGGGUCUGAAGUUACACAACCGAACGCACACCGGCCUGAAACCCUACACCUGUCAGGAGUGUGGGAAGCGCUUCACCCAGGCCCCCCAUCUGAAAGCCCACAUGGUGACCCACACUGGCGAGCGGCCCUUCCUCUGUGUGACGUGUGGAAAGAGAUUCACCCAGUCAUCCCACCUCCGCUCCCACAUCAAACUCUUUCACCUCGGUAAGAAGCCGUUCACCUGUGACGACUGUGGAAAGAGCUUCACCAUUGCCCACUACCUGAAGGUGCACCGCCUGAGUCACACCAAGGAGAAGCUGUACAGCUGCUCCUACUGCGACAAAACCUUCUCCUACCACAAUUCCUGGAGAGCCCAUGAGAGGAUCCACACCGGAGAGAGGCCGUUCAGCUGUCAGGAAUGUGGAAUGAAUUUCAUCACCUCUGGCUCGCUGCUGAGCCACCAGAGGGCCAGACACACCGGAGAGAAGAGUCACUACUGCUUUACCUGUGGAGAGUUCUUCCUGACCAGCUCACUGCUGCGCACACACCAGCUGAAUCACACGGGGGAGCGACCUCACGGCUGCAGCUGUGGGAAGACCUUUAAAACCAAAGGCGUCUUAAGAUAUCACCUGAAGAGAUUCACCGACCAUAAGCCUGUCAAAUGA